AAACUGCCGCCGGCCCUUGGCAGGCGUGCGAGCCCGCGCAAGAUGCGCCUCCAUAACGGCUGACUAGUUGCAGCGGGUGUCUUUUGGGGCAAUUGUCGCCGGGACGCUGGGUACCACGCUGGGGCUGGGCCUGUACCGGCAUGGAGCUACCAGCGAUGGAGACACUCACAACAAAAGUGGACAUUUCCACCACUUUCUUCUUCUCUCAUCUCCACUGGCAUGCUGAAACAAGACGAAUACUUCACUAAAGAGUCCACUAGCUCCUACGACUCUGCCGAGCCUGUGGGCAAGUGGAAAGAGUUUACCGACUCGUUCAGGCGCCAGGUUCCUGGCGCCACCAACUCCGGCUCCGAUAUCGAGUCGCUGGCGUCGCAGUCGGCGCCAGACCUUCAGAAAGGCCUCAAGAAACGUCAGCUCCAGAUGAUCGCCCUAGGCGGGUGUGUGGGCUCGGGACUCUUGGUGGCAUCGGGACUUGCCCUCACCAACGGACCUGGCGCUGUCCUCGUGGCCUGGGCCAUCGUGUCCACCUUCUUGUACUGCACCAUGCAAUCGCUCGCUGAGUUAGUCAGUGUGUUCCCAGUGUCUGGAUCUUUCGCAACCUACGCCACCAGAUUUAUUGACCCAUCAUGGGGCUUCGCCAUGGGCUGGAACUACGCCAUCUUCUGGGUCAUUGUGUUGCCGUUGGAGUUGGUUGCAGCAUCGUUGACCAUCAACUUCUGGAAGUCCUCCAUCAACUCGGUGGUGUGGGUGGCUGUUUUCUACGUGCUCAUCAUCUUGUUGAACUUGUGUGGCAAUAAGGGCUUCGGUGAGGCCGAGUUCAUCGCCUCGGUCAUCAAGUUGCUUGGGAUUGUCGGCUUCGACAUCUUGGCCAUCGUAUUGAUCUGUGGUGGUGGAGACGAGGGCUACAUCGGUGGCAAGUACUGGCACAACCCUGGCGCCUUCACCACCGGGUUCAAGGGCGUGGUAUCAGUGUUGAUCACAGCCACCUACUCGUUGGCCGGAACCGAGUUGAUCGGGUUGACUGCCAGCGAAUCCAAGGAAAACCCCAGGAAAAUGAUGCCCAAGGCCAUCAAGCAGGUGUUCUGGAGAAUCAUCGUGUUCUACAUGAUCACCCUUACCUUGGUGGGGUUCUUGGUGCCUGCCAACAGUCCAAAGUUGAUCGGGAGCUCCUCGAACGCCUCGGCCUCACCCUUUGUCAUCGCCAUCAGAAACGGUGGUAUUAAGGCCUUGCCUUCCAUUUUCAACGUCAUUGUGUUGGUGGCACUUUUGGCCAUUGGCAACUCCGCCGUCUACGGCUUCUCAAGAACCGCCUUGGCCUUAUCAGAACAAGGCUUGGCUCCCAAGUUCCUUGGAUACAUCGACCGUAACGGAAGACCUUUGGGUGGAAUCUUGUUCUCAGCGUUCAUCGGGUUGUUGGCGUUUGUGGCCGCUUCUCCAAAGCAAUCGACGGUGUUUGCAUGGUUGGUUGCCUUGUCUGGUCUUUCCACCUUGUUCACCUGGGGCAGUAUCAACGCCUCAUUCAUCCAGUUUAGAAGAGCCAUGGCUCACCAAGGCCGUACCCUUGACGAGUUACCAUAUGUCUCCAAUACUGGUGUCAUUGGGGCAUACUACGGGUUGAUCAUGAACAUUCUUGUCUUAUGCUUGCAGUUCUGGAUCUCCUUAUUUCCCUUACACCAGAAGCCAGACGCUACCGUUUUCUUCCAGAACUAUAUCGGUGCCGUUGUUGUUUUAGCUUUUUACGUGGGCCACAAGAUCUACUCUAGAAACCUUAAAUUCUUGGUCAACAUUAGUGAUAUCGACGUGGAUGCUGGUAGAGGUAAGACCGAUAUCGAUAUGUUGAAACAAGAAAUUGCCGAGGAAAAGAGAGCCAGAGCUGCCUUGUCUUGGUACAAAAGAUACAUGGAAUUUUGGUGUUGAUUGAUUUUUUGUAUUUGCAUAAAUUCCCGUUGAAUGGGUUCUCACGAAUAACGAUAUUUACCACUGAGUGGUCAUAGACUAGUUAAAUAAUUAAUUAAAUACCUUUAUAGUAAUUUAAAUACCCUAAAGUCUGU